AUGGAACAGAAGGAAGUGGUUCUUCUACUUCUUUUAGUUCUGAAAUCAGUACCAACUGAACAGAACCAUGUGGUCCAGGAUUGUUACCAGGGUGAUGGACAGUGUUACCGAGGUACAGCAUCAACCACUGUGACAGGAAGAAAAUGUCAAUCAUGGCUGUCUAUGACACCACAUCAGCACUCGAGGACCCCAGCCAACUACCCAAAGGGUGGCCUGGUGAGGAACUACUGCAGGAAUCCAGAUGAUUCUGGACGCCCUUGGUGUUACACCACUGAUCCGAGCGUCAGGUGGGAGUACUGCAACCUGACACAGUGCUCAGAGGGCCCAGUUCCCAGUGAAGAGGCUCCUACUGAACGGGCACCAACUGAGCAGGACUGUUACGAGGGUGACGGGCAUGGUUACCAAGGUACAGCAUCAACCACGGUCACAGGAAGGAAAUGUCAAUCUUGGCUGUCUAUGACCCCACACCAGCACUCAAGGACCCCAGCCAACUACCCAAAUGGUGGCUUGGUGAGGAACUACUGCAGGAAUCCAGAUGGUGCUGGACGCCCUUGGUGUUAUACCACUGAUCCGAGUGUCAGGUGGGAGUACUGCAACCUGACACAGUGCUCAGAGGGCCCAGUUCCCAGUGAAGAGGCUCCUACUGAGCAGGCACCAACUGAACAGGACUGUUACCAGGGUGAUGGACAUGGUUACCGAGGGACAGCAUCAACCACGGUCACAGGAAGGAAAUGUCAAUCUUGGUUGUCUAUGACACCACACAAGCACUCGAGGACCCCAGACAACUACCCAGAUGGAGGCUUGGUGAGGAACUACUGCAGGAAUCCAGAUGAUUCUGGACGCCCUUGGUGUUACACCACUGAUCCGAGCAUCAGGUGGGAGUAUUGCAACCUGACACAGUGCUCAGAGACCCCAGUUCCCAGUGAAGAGGCUCCUACCGAACAGGCACCAACUGAGCAGGACUGUUACAAGGGUGACGGACACGGUUACCGAGGUAGAGCAUCAACCACGGUCACAGGAAGGAAAUGUCAGUCUUGGCUGUCUAUGACACCACACAAGCACUCGAGGACCCCAGCCAACUACCCAAAUGGAGGCUUGGUGAGGAACUACUGCAGGAAUCCAGAUGGUGCUGGAGGCCCUUGGUGUUACACCACUGAUCCGAGCGUCAGGUGGGAGUACUGCAACCUGACACAGUGCUCAGAGACCCCAGUUCCCAGUGAAGAGGCUCCGACUGAACAGGCACCUGACCACAAUCCUGUGUUCCGAAAAUGUUUCCUGAGUGAUACACAGAGUUACCAAGUUGAAGCAUCAACUAAUUUCAUAGGAGUGUCAUCCAAGUUCAAAAUAUAG